GUUGUCACCAGGGCGGGAAAAUAUCCUCUUCCUGAGUAACAAGUCACAAGCUAAAAGCAUCUUAGUGACUUAUAUUAUCCAAUAAAUACUCCCUCCUAAAAAACAAACAACAAACGAACAUAAAACAAGCUGCUGGGCUAAUUCAAAGUCGGAGUUUGCACUGCAUCGUUUCAGAAAACACAGAAUCAUGCAAGCAUUUUUGAAAGGAGCAACAGUUCAAACAAGUCGACCUCAGAAAGACAAGUGUGCUUCAGGUUCCAGCAUAAAGAAAGCCAAGCUUACUCCAUGGGUUGAAAAAUAUAGACCAAAGUGCAUUGACGAAGUCGCCUUUCAGGAAGAAGCUGUAGCAGUGUUGAAGAAGUCACUGGAAGGAGCAGAUCUUCCAAACUUGCUCUUCUAUGGGCCACCUGGUACAGGAAAGACCUCUACCAUAUUAGCUGCUGCGAGAGGACUUUAUGGUCCAGAACUGUACAAGCAGAGGGUGCUUGAGCUCAAUGCCUCAGAUGAAAGGGGCAUUCAGGUCAUCAGGGAAAAGGUCAAAAACUUUGCUCAGCUCACUGUAGCAGGGACUCUGCCAGAUGGGAAGCCAUGUCCUCCUUUUAAGCUCAUCAUCCUGGAUGAAGCUGACUCCAUGACUGCACCCGCUCAGGCUGCGCUCAGGAGGACAAUGGAGAAGGAGUCCCGCACCACACGUUUCUGUCUUAUUUGUAACUACAUCAGUAGGAUCAUUGAGCCCUUGACUUCCAGAUGUUCCAAGUUUCGUUUUAAACCACUUGCUGACCAGGUCCAAGAAGACCGUUUGUUAGAGAUCUGUGGGAAGGAGAAACUCAAGUACACAAAAGAGAGUAUAUUAGCACUAGUGAAGGUGUCAGAGGGAGAUCUGCGGAAAGCCAUCACCUUCCUCCAGAGUGCCGCCCGCCUCAAUGUCAACAAUGAGAUCACAGAACUUGCUGUCAUCGAAAUAGCGGGGGUUGUUCCUACCAAGAUGAUCGAUGAUUUGCUUCAGGUCUGCUUUAAAGGAAGUUUUGAGAAACUAGAGUUUGCAGUCAGGAGUAUGGUGGAUGAAGGCUACGCUGCCACACAGAUCCUGAGCCAACUUCAUGACUACAUCAUUGAACAGGACUUGAGUGAUAAGCACAAGUCUCUCAUUGCUGAAAAAAUGGCGGUGGUGGACAAAUGCCUGUCUGAUGGUGCAGAUGAAUACCUGCAGCUGCUGAGUCUAUGUUCAUCAAUCCUGCCGCAAGCACCCCAGAACAACUGAGAGUUUAACACUACCAAGCUGAAUCUUAGAAAAUUCACCCAGCAAGACCAAACCUGUGCUAAAUCCCUUUCAGCUAUUUAGAUGAAUGGCUUGAUAUAAUUCCACAGAUACUUGACAAUGAUGUUUGUAUAAUAUAAUAAUAACAACCUCCCUUUUUAAGUCGAUCCCAAAUUGUAGAAUGAGCAUUUAUCUUAUCAUGUUUGUCUUUAUUUCCUUGAUGGAACUAUUUACCAAAAUUGUCCAUUCUUUACUUAGUUGGUCCAAGUCGUGUUUUUGUUUUCAGUCUUUGGAGCAGGCAUUUGUUUAUAUAGUGGAAUCCAAGAUUUGUUCUGAUUCGGGGAAAAAAUCCAUAAAAUAAUAAAGGUCAUCGAAAAAGUUAA